CGUUCGUCCUAGCACCCUGAAAGUACUGCGUGAAGUGAGUGCUUGGAGGAGGAGCUGUCAAAGUUGGAGUGUGGGAAGAAAAGGAAAGGAAAGAAAAAAAAGGAAAGGAGAAGAAGAAGAAGUAAUGCGACUUUCUGGACGUCCAAGAAGUGGAGAACAACGCCGCUUUUCCUCGGUAGCCUCGUUUAUCCCAAAGACGAUGGCCGUCCGCCUGGUGGACUGGCUGACUCUCACCUCUCUGCUCUUCCUGGGCUCCUCGGUUCUGGCGGAAAAGAAAGUGUGCCAAGGCAUCACCAACCGUUUAAACCUGCUGGGGUCCAAAGAGGACCACUACUUGAACAUGGUCAAGACAUACAGCAACUGCACCGUGGUUCUGGAGAACCUUGAGGUCACAUACAUGGAGGAGCACCGCGACUUGUCCUUCCUCAGGACAAUAGAAGAAGUGGGUGGUUACGUCCUCAUCGCCCUGAACACAGCCUCCAAGAUUCCACUGGACAACCUUCGCAUCAUCCGUGGUCACUCGCUGUACGAUGGAGGCUUCGCCCUCACUGUGCUGGCUAACAAAGCCUCAAGUCAGGGCACCAGCAAGCUCCUUCUCAACAGCCUUACAGAAAUUCUCAAAGGAGGAGUGAUGUUUCACAAGAACCAGCUGUGCAACGUGGAGACCAUCCAGUGGUACGACAUUGUAAAUGUGGACAAUAAACCCAAAAUGGAGCUGCCGGUGGCCAGCAAUAACCCACUUUGUAAACAAUGUCACUCAAGCUGCUUCAACGGAUCCUGUUGGGCACCUGGCCCCCAAAACUGUCAGACUUUAACCAGGUUGAACUGUGCACAGCAGUGCUCCAAGAGGUGCAAAGGACCUUCACCCAGUGACUGCUGCAAUGAGCACUGUGCUGCAGGAUGCACAGGACCCCGACCCACCGACUGUCUGGCCUGUCGGGACUUCCAGGACGACGGGGUGUGCAAGGACUCCUGCCCGGGCCUCAUGCGCUAUGACCCGAACCUGCACCAGCUGGUGCCUAACCCGCACGGAAAGUACAACUUCGGCGCCACCUGUGUCAAGAGCUGCCCACAUAACUACGUUGUGACCGACCACGGGGCGUGUGUGAGGACCUGCAGCGGCAACACUUAUGAGGUGGAGGAAGGCGGCAUCAGGAAGUGUGCCAAAUGUGAUGGACUGUGCCCCAAAGUGUGCAAUGGACUGGGCACAGGCCACCUGACACACACCCUGUCCAUCAAUGCCACCAACAUCGAUUCAUUCAAAAACUGCACCAAAAUCAAUGGCAACAUCGCGUUCAUCCACACGUCCAUUUACGGAGAUACGUACACCAAAACACCAAAGAUGGACCCCGCCCAGCUGGACGUGUUCAAGACAGUAAAAGAAAUAACAGGAUACUUGUGGAUCCAAACAUGGCCAUCAAGCAUGAACUCCCUCAGUCCUUUCGAGAACCUAGAAAUCAUCCGAGGACGAACCAAGCGAGGAAGCCGCAGUGUAGUUAUGACUCAACUGGAGAUCAGCUAUCUGGGAAUGCGAUCCCUCAAAGAAAUCAGCGACGGAGACGUGGUCAUCAUCAAGAACCAGAACCUCUGCUACACCGAGGGAAACCACUGGAAGGGGCUCUUUAAAUCUGAGACCCAGACUGCUAUUGUGGGUGAAAAUGCUGAUGCUGACACAUGCGCUCGGAGAAAUGAUACUUGUGAUCGAAAGUGCACUGCAGAUGGAUGCUGGGGUCCCGGCCCUGACAUGUGUUUUGCCUGCCGGGACUUCAGUCGCGACGGGAGCUGCGUGGACUCCUGCAACAUCCUAGAGGGGGAGCCGCGGGAGGCCGUCGUGAAGAAGACAUGCGCGGAUUGUCACCCAGAGUGCCAGCAUAUGAACGGAACAGCAACCUGCAGUGCUCCAGGUUCUGCCAACUGCACCAAGUGUGCCAACUUCAGGGAUGGACUCUUCUGCGUCGCCCGGUGUCCUCAAGGUGUGCCGGGUGAGGACGACGCUCUCGUGUGGAAAUACGCAGAUGAUUCAAAAGUGUGCCAGCUGUGUCACCCCAACUGCACCCAAGGGUGCAUGGGGCGCGGUCUCCAAGGCUGCCAGGGGAAAACCACUUCAGGCCUGUCCAUGAUUGCGGCGGGUGUGGUCGGUGGCCUUCUGGCAUUCCUGGUUGCAGCCCUGUCUGUGUUUGUGUUUCUACGUCGACGCCACAUCAAGAGAAAGAGGACCAUGCGCAGACUUCUACAGGAAAAGGAGUUGGUUGAACCUCUGACUCCAAGCGGCGAGGCACCCAACCAAGCACUGCUGCGCAUCUUGAAGGAACCCGAAUUCAAGAAAAUCAAAGUGCUGGGAUCAGGGGCUUUUGGUACAGUUUAUAAGGGCCUUUGGGUGCCAGAGGGAGAGGAUGUGAAAAUCCCUGUGGCCAUCAAGGUUUUGAGAGAAGCCGCAUCAUCCAAAGCCAACAAAGAUAUCUUGGACGAGGCGUACGUGAUGGCCAGUGUGGAACACCCACACGUGUGCCGCCUGCUGGGCAUCUGCCUGACCUCUACGGUGCAGCUUGUCACACAGCUGAUGCCCUUCGGCUGCCUGCUGGACUACGUCAAGGAGAAUAAGGACAGCAUCGGGUCGCAGUACCUGCUCAACUGGUGUGUGCAGAUUGCUAAGGGUAUGAACUACCUGGAGGAGCGCCACUUGGUCCACCGUGACUUGGCAGCCAGAAACGUCCUAGUGAAGACCCCUCAGCACGUCAAGAUCACAGACUUUGGCCUGGCCAAGCUGCUGAAUGCCGACGAGAAGGAGUACCACGCUGAUGGAGGAAAGGUACCCAUUAAGUGGAUGGCUCUGGAGUCCAUUCUAAACAGAACAUACACACACCAGAGUGACGUAUGGAGCUACGGUGUGACAGUGUGGGAGCUGAUGACAUUCGGGACCAAGCCGUAUGACGGCAUUCCGGCUAGUGAAAUAGCCAGCGUGCUGGAGAAAGGGGAGCGUCUGCCUCAGCCUCCAGUGUGCACCAUAGACGUCUAUAUGAUCAUGGUCAAAUGCUGGAUGAUCGAUGCAGACAGUCGACCACGUUUCAGAGAACUAAUAGCAGAGUUCACAAAAAUGGCGCGGGAUCCACCUCGUUAUCUUGUCAUCCAGGACGAUGAGAGCAUACAUGUGCAGAAUCCUCCCAACAAUAAAUUCUACCGCAGCCUGCUCAGCGGCGAGGACAUGGAAGACGCUAUUGACGCCGAUGAGUACCUCGUGCCGCAGCACGGCUUCUUCGCCAGCCAGAGCACGUCUCAAACACCACUGCUUCACUCCACCAGCCUGAACAGCAGCAUUGGAACAUGCUACAGCAGAAAUGGACUGCAGAAUGGAUUACCCAGCAGAGAUGGAAGCAUAGUUCUUCGUUACAUCCCAGACCCUACGGAUAAACUCUUAGACGAUGCCUUCCAGCCUGCUCCAGACUACAUGAACCAGAAUACGUCGUCAGACAUGAUGAACCCCGUCUACCCGCAGCCCGGUCCUCCCCGUGCCCUCCUCCCCACAAUCUCCUCGGAUGAUACUGAGGCCGAGUACCUGAACUGUUUCAAAAAUGGGCCCAACGGACCUGAGUACCUCAAUGAAUUUCCAUCCACCGGCGCUGUCAUGGCCCCGUUUACUUCCAACGGCGCGAUUGUUCACAAAUACAAGCCACAGAACAGCAUAGACAACCCCGAUUACCAGCACAGUUUCACACCCACCUUCAAGGCCCGCACUAACGGGCAUAUGCCGGCAGCAGAGAACACAGAGUACCUGGGCCCAGACUGACGGACCACUCAUAGUGGAGAACUGAAAAGAGAACGCUUUCCUUAGUGGUACCAUCAGAUAACAGGUGACAUUUUUGUACAGCUUUGCAUCACCUGUUGAGUUGUUUUCUUCUUAAAACCACAAACACACAAAGGACUUGGCUUGAAAGACCAAUGUGUGAAAGUGAAAAUCCCCCAUGACUAUGUGAGGAGAAGACCGGAAGUAAGGCAGAAGCAUCCGAAAAGGGAACUGAAAUGAGAAGCUCAAGCCAAAACUGACUUUGGCUUCACAUCUGACAACCACUCAAGACGGGACCGACUGUGACAAGGAGCCCUCCUGCCUGCCUGGCUCUGAUGGGAACUCUUAGGAGUCCAAUGCUGGACUGACUCUUUCCUAAUGAGGACACAAGAUUUACAGAAUGAAUGAAUUGUCCAUUUUUAAGGGGGAAAACUGGUGAACUGCAUUGAAAUAUCUCACAUUUAUACUUUAAGAAAUUGUCUCAAAAUGAGAGGAAGUUUAAUACUAUGCAAACGAUUACAGUGGAAAGUUCCAAACCUGCAGCACUUGUGCAACACUAAGGCUGCAUUCACACUGUUUUUUUGGUGCGGUUCACUUAGUGUUAACACUGGCAUUUUUGUCAUGGCACCAGAGGCUACACAGUAAAGAACAUAUGCAUAAAGUAAGGAAUUGAUUGGGCAGCUUUUGUGACUUAUUACAGGGAGUAGCUCAAAUAGUCCAAACCAAAAUGCCAUCUGUGGUUUGAAUACACGGGUUAUUUUUAUUUUCUGCUAUAUUUACCACCCUAGAUUUUGCAAAAAGCUACUAAAAUAUAAGUUUCAAAAGAUUGUGACACACUCACACGGGAGGGGGGCAGAACAAAGAGACAGCACCUCUUCUCUUACAUAUUUGUCAUUUCUGCAUGUUUUUGCUGCCAUUUUAACACUACUCCAUUGUCUUUCAUCCGUGUAAUGUUCACAUUUGACCUCAAGUGAAGCGAACUGCACCAGAGUUCACUUGCAAGCAGAACGAGACCCAUCUCUCAAGCGGACUCGACCCACAUAUUUGGUGCACCCCAAGAUUUGGAUGAUGAUGUUUACAUUUGACCAAAUGAACCAUACUAGCAGAGCAAACGCACCAGAGUUCCUUUUAACCGAACCAAACAUGACAAGUGUGAACACAACCUUAUUGUGUCCUGUCCCUGUGGAUACAUUGAAUUUAUACUCAUUGUGUCUUAUUUGUGUGUGCAGAUCAGAGUGGAUGGUGACAUUGUAUGUGUCUAUGACACCACUUGAGAUCUCAACAUAGGCCAAAAUCUUCCAUUUUGAAAAAUUGUGGACAUCUUUACCAAAGUAGUUGACAGAUUCCCCCACUAGGCAGAGUAACCACACUGCAAAAACUGAAGUCUAAGUAAGAUGAAAUAACUGAAAUCAAGUCAAAAAUACUUAUUUUGGAUUAAAAAGAUAUAUAUACAAUGUAAUAUACAAUGUAAAAGAUAUACAGUGUUCAACCAAUGUGCUUAUCUUAAGUAAUAUGUGCUAAAAUCUGAGCUGUAUUACUUAGAGUAAGCAAAAUAACCUGCCAAUAUUGGUAAUUGUUACACUAAGGAACAUCAUGUUGACACUUGCACAAUUCAACAUGUCCAAAAAGGAGUAGGAAGGAGCAGAUAUUUUUCAACCCUACAACGUCUUGCCAAUGGUACACUGAGUUACCAAAACACUUCCAUCCAUCAAUCCAUCCAUUUUCUAUGCCGCUUAUCCUCACAAGGGUCGCGGGUAUGCUGGGGCCUAUCCCAGCUGACAUCAGGUGAGAGGCGGGGUGCACCCUGGACUGGUCGCCAGCCAAUUGCAGUACCAAAACACUUGAAAGGAGUAAAACAGUGUUUUAGUCUCACAUAGAAAGUAAUUUUAAAAAAAUCAUAUUCAUCCAAAAAUAAGCACGUUUGAGGUUGAUUUAAUUGAUUUAAUCAUGCUUAUAUUUCAUUUUUUGCCGUUUACAAUCUUACUGUAAACGCUCUAAUUGUAUUCCCAAAGAGGACAGGGACAGAAGCUCAAGAACUCAGCUUAUUUUUUAAACUUUGAUUUGAUUUGGAGUGCAUGAAAAAGUGGAAAGGUAAACAAAGCUCUUUUUGAACAAAUAUAUUGCAGAACACAACAGCGACAUAACCGAUGUUGUAAUAGCAGCAAGGAGCAAACUGCUUAGCCAGUAUUAAUACCACUGAUGAGUUCAUGGUAAACAACAGUACUACAACUGUAACAAAUGCAACGCAUGGCAUUUUAAAGUGUUCAUACAGGUACAGUAGAUAAAGAUGCUGGACACAUGUGAUGCCAGUGUUUUUUCAACCAGCUCUUAUUGGAGACCCCAGUGUUCUUUGGCUUUUAUUGACCACGCACCUGGCAACUACUGUAUAAGAGAUUUGGCGGGUAAUUGCAUAGUAACUUUAAUUGGAGCAUUUACAGCAAUUGUGCUUUCAUCCACUUGUGUAAGAUGUCCGGUAGAAUGCAUGGUGGUCAUCUACGACGUGUAUUUAUUGUUUAUGUUAAUUAGGAGAGCAAGUCAAAACCAGCCCAAACUUCCAAAAACAUUCCUCUUUGUGGAACAGAUUCCAGGUCGUAUGUGACGAUUUACCCAAACUACUGUAGUAUUUCCCUGUGAUUGUAUAUCAUAUUUAGUGUACAGUAUAGUUCUUCCCGGGCUGUAUAGACACUGUAGCUCCCAGUGCUUCCUCCGUGCAAGAGAGUGUUAACUAUGAUAUUCCUAGUUUUAAAGGAAUGCACUAAUGUAGCAACCUGUUGAUGCCUAUACUUUUGCAAACGUGACACAGGUACAUGUACAGGUAUGUAACCAUAAUGCUGUGAUAGAUGAUAUAUAGUCUGCUGUAAUAUGCAGUAUAUAC